CUUUAAUCAAACGUCUACUAAACCCUUCCCACUGUGUAAAAAGGCAAUUACUUUUUAAAUUCGUAGUCUUCUCUGAUUAUGAUACAAAACUAAAACUCACUUUCCACUGCGGCUCUCUCACCUCCUUUAUUUUUAUAUAAUCUUCUCCUCCUCUCCUUGGCAUGUGUUGCUUCGGGUUUUAUAUUAGCCAGGGCCAACGUUCCAAGGUCUCUUAGAUACUCUUCUACAACCCUCUUUAAGCAAGCCAGAACUACUGCAGAUCCUUGGCCUUUUCCCCUUCUUUUCUUGUAAUUUUUUCUUGGGUUUUUUUGUUCUAGUUUCUGCAGUCAUCCAUCCGUAGAAUGGGUAGUGGAGAGAAGAGUCUAAGGAACUUUCACUUACACCUGCCUCAUCUUCAUCAUCACCACCACCAUCAUGGGAAUAACAAGAAGCAUGCGAGGGAUGUACCAAAAGGCUGUUUGGCAAUCAAGGUGGGCCAGGGAGAGGAGCAGCAGAGAAUUGUGGUGCCUGUAAUAUACUUCAAUCACCCACUGUUCAUGCAAUUACUUAAGGAAGCCGAAGAAGAAUAUGGAUUUGAUCAGAAGGGUACGAUCACCAUCCCUUGCCAUGUGGAGGAGUUUAGGUACGUUCAGGGCAUGAUUGAUAAGGAAAAGUCCCUUCAUCAUCACAAUCAUGUUGGGUGUUUUAGGGUUUGAAUUUGAUUUCAUAUCAUGAAAGAUUAUGCGGGUUGUGGUGCCGAACAGGCCUAACCCCGAAAGGAGCAGGUUUUUGAUGGUUCAAAUCCUUUUUUUUUUUAGUGUGUAAAUUUGGAGUCCUUUUAGGGUUUCUUUUUGUUGUUUCUGCCUGUUUCUCGUUAGACCUUGGUGGUUGGCCGGUGAGAGUCGAUCGACGAUGUCUGAUCGAUGAAGACAAAAUGUUACCUUGCAGUUGCAUCUGAUUUUUGUUAUUAAACGUUAUGAAAAAGAUAAGUAAAUGCUUUUUCUCUUC